GAGAAAGACGCAAACAAAUCGCAUUAGUGGGCAUCUACUGUUUUUGUUUUGAUUUGUAGCAGGUGAUGUUUUCAACGGAAUCGAACCGGGAUCGAGCUUUCUUUUACGCUACUAUUUAUGACCAAUUAGCGUUUAUGUUUCCAUCGAGAAGACCUGCGACUUGUUAUGGACUCUAAAAGGAAGACAAUGGAUAAAGUUCCAGAUAAAGUAUGCCAAUACGGAUCAAACUGCUAUCGCAAAAAUCCGGUUCAUUUUAAGGAGUUCUCUCAUCCGCACUUAGAAUCAAUACUGGCGGAAGCCGAAGUCAAAGACAAAUAUCGCAUCCCAGAUGAGUUGCACAUGAGUCGAGAGGUAGUUGUAGAGCAACUGAAAAUCCUGUCACAAAUCUAUCCCGAGCUUUUGAACAAUAAUUCUACUCCGGCAAAAAUAGCUAAGAAUAAUGCAGCGCAGGGCCGGCAGUCGACUUCUAACGAGAGCAUGCCGAGUAUGGGAACAUUGAAACCCAGUUCGUCAAGAGAUAAUUUCAGUUCGUCAUCAUCCAAUGAUGCAGCAGUGAAAGCAUCACCAAAACCAAGUAUCAGCACGAAUGAUAAUUCGAACGCCGCAACAGGUAGUCAAUCAUCGAGCAGUAAAGGGAAUGCUGUCGCUGAUCUAUUUGCGGAACGUAGAGCGAGAAUCGCUAAACAACGAGAAGAACAGAAAAAGAACGAACCGCAACAGUCAACUAGUUUACAGUCCAAACAUGAGCCGAAGGUGCCCCCUAAUCCGACGGGGAUUUCGCUCAAGAAAGUUAUCCCACGGAAUAUUCAUGAUUACUAUCCCGUCGUGGCGCCAAAAGGUCAAAUGGCAAAAAAGCUAGAGGCAGCUGCGCCUUACAAUUACUUUCUGACUACCAUUACCGAUGCGAAAGUGACUCAUCGGGAACCGCUAUCCAUCACUUUCCAGGAACUACUUGAUGCCAGUCUCGGUGAAUUGGAGUGUUCCGUCCAAAUGAAUUUCAUGGUCGAUAUUGGAUGGCUUCUCGGACACUAUUAUUUCGCGGGGUAUGAAGAUCGUCCCUUGCUGAUACUGUAUGGUGAUGAGACACCUGAGCUGAAAAUGGUGUCCUCUAAGAAACCGAACGUGACGGCUGUGAAGGUUCAUAUCGCGACACCCUUUGGUGUACAUCACACCAAGAUGGGACUGUAUGGCUAUACGGACGGAUCGAUGCGAGUGGUUAUUUCUACUGCUAACUUGUACGAAGACGAUUGGCACAAUCGUACGCAGGGACUGUGGGUUAGUCCGAAAUUACCACCUGUUCCUGAGGAUGCCGAUACAGGGUUUGGUGAGAGUGGAACCGGCUUUCGGGAAAGUCUCAUAACUUAUCUAAACGCCUACAAAUUGUCUCAGUUGCUUCCCUGGGUGACAAGGAUAAGAAGUACGGAUUUCAAAGCAGUCAAUGUCUUCCUGGUAGCAUCAGUUCCUGGAGGCCAUUUGAAUACACCUAAGGGUCCACUUUGGGGACAUCCUCGUCUUGGUUACUUGUUGGGGAAACAUUCUGCCCCAAUAGACGAUGGCUGCCCCCUUGUUGCACAAAGUUCCAGUAUAGGAAGUCUAGGUCCAACUCCCAGCUCUUGGAUCCUUUCUGAACUAAUGGCCAGUUUCAGGAAGGACUCCGCUCCGAUCGGGUUACGGAAAGUGCCAGGAUUCAAAAUGAUAUUUCCAAGUUUUUCUAAUGUCCGCAACAGUCACGACCACCUGCUAGGAGGGGGUUGUCUGCCAUACAUGAAGGCGACUCACGAUAAGCAACUAUGGCUCAGAUCUUAUCUGCACCAGUGGAGAAGUGAAGCGCGCAACAGAACGAAAGCUGUGCCACACAUCAAGACGUACUGUCGGUGGUCUCAUCGAGGGUUGUACUGGUUUUUGCUAACCUCCGCGAAUCUAUCCAAGGCUGCAUGGGGUGUUUACAAUAAAUCGGCGAAAUUCGAAGCUCCCUUGAGGAUCAAUAGCUACGAGGCGGGUGUGCUAUUUUUGCCCAAAUUUGUGAUUGGCGAUAAGCUUUUCCCGAUGACAAUCGGACAACAACAUCCCCAGUUCCCAAUGCCCUAUGACGAACUAAUCAUUCCUUAUGCUCCCGAAGAUACCCCAUUCUUCAUGGAUUAUCUCAGAGGAUAAUUUUGUAACUUUUGUGAUCCGCUGUUUUUAUAACUGAAUAU